CACAAAUCCAGAUCAAAAAGGGGAUUUCAAUAUUAUGCGACUGGUAGUAAUUCUGUCACAACAUCGAACUUGAAUACUGUGAUGAAUUUAACUCUAUCUGACAAAUCUUCUGCUACACUUGGUAUAUCGACAGUAGACAAUUUCAAAGAAAACUCAAAAAAGGAAAUGGUCAACAACACUAAUAAAAUUAGCAGAUAUAUUGGAGGUCAUAGUACUAACUUUACAACUAAAUCCCUAACAAAUAGAGCAGAAGUAAAACGUGAAGCUGAUAAUAAAUUAGUUUUCUGGGAUAGAGUUUACGACGAUAAAAAUAGUGCAAAAAACUCUUUGGACGGCAAAAAAACAAGCGGUGGAUGCAUCAAAAAAAGAAAGAUGCAGAAAUCUAAAGAUUGGUUUAAAGCGCAAAUACAUAAUCUCAUAGGGAGAAGAAAGAAGCCUAACAAAAUAAAGAAGAAUUAUUCCAAUAACGGCUUAAGUACAAAAGUAAUAAAUUUGGAAGAAUCUCUUCAAAACAUACCUAACUGGCGCAAAAUAAGGACGCUUAAACAUGACAACGAUAAAGACAUGGACAAUAUUUUCAAAAAACUGAAUGCCAAAAUGGAAACGGUAUGUAGAGAAGCAGCAUACGCUAUUCAAAACACAAAGAACAUAAAAGUUCGAGAGAGUAAAGCUGAUAUUGCUACAUCGACUUUGAUGCAACGUCUCGUCAGGAUGAUGAGAGACUUAGUUGAUAUGCAAGUCCAAGAAAAAACUUGUGUCGAACUGCCACCUGAUCUGCGCCAGUUCCUGGAAUGGUUGGUUCCACCAGUAGAGGCAAACCCUCAAGCUGAUGAUUUGAACCCUGACAUAUCUGACUAUGUUGCUAUAAAGAAGGAAUUCGAUGGAUUUGAUAAGUCAGACGAUGUCACAGACCAACCCCUGUCGUUUGCGGAAGAUACUGAGGCAGAAGUGGAUAAGAUCCAGUGUAUGGAAACAAUACGCGCCGUGCAAGACUUGGUAGAUCAGUAUGAAGGGUUGUCUAGUGACGACAAGUAUAAACUUUCUGGAGUAAAAGAUUAUCUUCAACGCCAACUACAAUACUUGAACAAGCUGGUUGGUGAUAUCGGUACGGAGAUUAACUAUCAGGAGGCCGAUGAUCGUGUUAAAAGGGAAACAUAUAAAAACAUCAGAAAGUUGGACAAAAUAACGAGCAAUAGCAGACUUGGCUACUUCAUGCAAAGACUAAAAAUAAAACAUAAUAAAGCUACUACGCAAGCAAUAAACAAUAAUGUAACAGUAAAAGAUAAAGAAAUAAUUAGUUACACAGGCCAUAAACUAAAGAAUAUAAAUGAUGUCUACAACAGAGCACUAGGUGAGGCUAAAAAGCUGACUACAGAAAACGUCUAUAAAUAA